AUUAACGCCCGGGUGGAAGCGAACGGGGUCUUUUCAUUUGGCGCUUGUUCCUUCCUCCGUUCUUUCCGAGCAGUUGUUAUCAUGCACCUUUUACUGUACUUUUGGCUUUUAACCUCGAUCUGCUCAUGUCUGGCUGCAGCUUCCUCAAGGACGUUCACCAAGAAAGGUAACAGCUCUUUCGUGAGCUCUAGUACAGAUGGAUUUUCUACCAACGGAAGCUCGCUUAGAUUCAUUGGGACCAACUUGUACUGGCUGCCGACGUUGGAAUCGAAUGAUGACAUCUGGAAUGUCCUGAAGAACAUCUCCGAUACCGGGAUCAAGGUCAUCAGGAUUUGGGCAUUCAACGACGUAGAAACCAUUCCGGAGAGUGGAACGUGGUUUCAAUUGGUACAAAAUGGCACUACCACGAUCAACGACGGACCGACUGGGCUUCAGAAACUCGAUACAGUCGUUCAAAUGGCAGAACAGCAAGGACUAUACGUCAUUAUGUCACUGACGAAUAACUGGAACCCGAGACCUAACACAACCACCGGUAAUUCCUCGUCUCAGUUGCUUGCGUCUGUUACUCUGCCGCGUAACACUCUUUCCAAUGACUAUGGUGGUAUGGAUCUCUAUGUCCGCCAGUUCGCACUUCAGAAUCACGACGACUUUUUCACGAACAACAAAAUAUUGACCGCCUUCCAGAAUUACACUAAGCAGAUCGUAUUACGCUAUGUCAACAGCCCUGCUGUGUUCAGCUGGGAGCUUGCGAAUGAUGCCAGAUGCAACUCGACUAUGCCCACUAGUGCAACAUGCACUACACAAACCAUCACGAAGUGGCACGCUACGAUGGCCGAAUUUAUUGCGUCCCUCGAUCCCAACCACAUCGUCUCCGCCGGAACAUCUGGAUUCCAGUGCGCAGACUGUCCGAAGUUGUACCCAAUUACACCAACAGCUUCAGCUGCGCCAUCUCCCGCACCUGGCAAGAAGCGCAGCAGUGUCACUCCUUUAACAAACGAGCAGGUCACGAAGCAGCGUGCUGAGUCGAGACGCCGCAAUCGGGCAGCCGCUAAGCGUGCAGGAACCCUGAAGGAAGACGGGGUCAUGAUAAGGGGUCACUGGGUAUCUACAGCAACACGAGAAGUCUCCAGCUCGAUCGACUCCACAAUGGAUGGUUCAUCUGGUGUUGACAGCCAGGACAUCCUUAAUAUCCCCAACAUAGGCUUCGGUUCCUUCCAAAUAUUUCCAGACCAGGAUUCGUACGGUCCCGAUGACCCAAACCUUGGCCCUGUCCAAAACAAAAUUAACUCGGGUCUUGCGUGGAUCCAGCAAUCGGCUCAAUCUGCCAACGCUGUUGGGAAGCCUGUUGUCCUCAACGGCUUCGGUCUAGUCACUCAAGACAAUUUGAACAACUUCGUCCCGUUCAACAUGACUUAUGCCCCUUACGUAUCCAGUACAGCGGUCAUGGCCGUUACCAACGCGACGACAAAUUUUGCUAAUAGCACGCAGCAACAACAGGGUUACAGCUCGUUUUUGGACAUGGGCAACAGCGCUGGGUUGGCAGGCAUAAUGCAGUACCAGUGGGGCUCCACCGGCAUUACCCAGUCAAGCGCUGCCACCCAGUUAGACACAACCAACUCCUCGACGAUGGGGGUGUCGCCUAAUGAUGGUUACUCCAUUGCCAACAAUACAGCCGUUCAACAAAUCCUGAAGCAGCACGCGCAGGCGAUGGCUGGAGAUUCUUGAGGACUGUAAUGAAGUGCUUGUUUAGUGAAGGACUUCUUUUUCUUCCUUUUUGUCUUGAUUCCUUUGCUCUAAGGACACUGUUGUUUUAUAUAUAUAUCGGCCAUCUGUUUCCCGCAUUUGAUACGUGCGUCCUCGAGGUUGAGUCAGAUUGGACACAUUAUUUGGAUUAGUUUGG